CCUCUUCAGUCUUCUCCCUUUAACCCCUUCACAGUUUUUUCUUUUUCUUUUUUUUUUAACCCCUUCACAGUUCACACCACCUUAAUUUCACGUUCCAUCCACAAAUUCAUCCAUAGAAUCACAUAUUAUCCAUUUACUUUCACUAAUUUAUGGAUUAAUUCAAGCAAAUAGAGGGGUUCCUUCUCUAAAAACGAUAAGGUACACAUUGUUAUAAAUGGUAGACCAUUACGACCCGGGAUUUUUCGGAGUUCGUUUGGCUAACAGGGAACAGAGAGCAAAGUGGGACAAACUCGUUCACCUGAAGGUCAUACCAUCUCGAUACCCAGACGAAGAGGCAUUGGAAGCACUGGGACUCGGUGACUGCUUCUGGGAGCUCAGUCGAGUAGGCGGUCUGACAAAGAUAUUAAAGGGCAAAUGGCCCUCCUAUCGGCACUUAACAUUAGAGUUUUUGAGCACUCUAAUGGUGACCAGGAGAGAUGGUUCCCGAAUCUACGAGAUCAAAUUCCGUCUAGGGAAUGUCGAGCAUGGGAUGUCCGUUGAUGAGUUGAAUGCCAUGUUAGAGUGUGCAGGGGAAGACAUCUUUGAGCCUGAUGAGUUUGACUGGGAUGACUUCUGGACAGACAUCACAUUCCACAGGAAAGGCUAUGCAACGAUAUAUAACGAAAACUGUGCCAAGUCUAUUUCCAUUCGAAAUCCUGUCCUCAGAUACCUACAGAAAGCGUGUGCAUUCCUCCCAUUUGCCCGAUUUGAAAACAAAACAGUUGCAUCGAGUGAGUUGUUCCUGCUAUGGAACGUUCUACAUGGGAGAGCCCUCAACAUGGGGAAUUUCAUUAUCUCUCAUCUACAGAGUCAGGCCCGGAAGACCUCGGGAACACUUGCAUGUGGUGGGAUCAUCACCGCCAUUGCUGAGCGGUGUAAAAUUAACACCAAACAAUGGGAGCCGAUGAAGGACAAAGGGGAGAUGUUUCUUUCGAUCGAGGUGCUGAAAAGUAUUGAUUUCGUCAUGGUCAAUAGUAUACGACAACUUUUCUUCUUCCAGAAAGACGGAGAUUACUUCCCACUCCCAAACCCUAGCUAUACAGAUGUUAAUGGGUGGCAUUCAACUCAGAAUUGGAGGCUGAACACUAAAGCUCAUAAGGCAAUUAUGAAAGCCACGCCAUUCCGUGUGCCAUUGACAUCUUCCCACAUGGCCGGACCCUUCCAGUCCAACCCACAACAGCCCACAAGGCCGGACCCGGCACUGCCAGCCCCACCACAAGAGGAGCAUGCUCAUGAUGAUGAUAAUGAUGUCUCCUUGGCAAAGAGGGUUGAUCACCUAGGGACCCGCAUUGACCGUGUUAAAGCCUCGAUGCACCAACGCUUUGGACAACUCAACCAAAGGUUUGAUCGCUAUCAUAUGGUCAAUGAAGAGAGAUGGGAUCGAGUGGAGAGCAUGAUAGACGAGAUGAUGAGGAGGUUCCAAAGGCGCGAUCCUGAUGGCACCCAUGUGCAGGAUAUUGGACAAUGUGAAGCCCAGGUGGCUGAUGCUGGUGGAUUCGGUGGAGAAAUGGGCGAAGGGUGUCAGACAGGAAGAGAAUCGCGGUGAUGAAUCUAAUGAGGUGUAGAGGGAGGCCGAGAGUGGGGACAGUGGUGGAGCUGAUUAGUGCUAGGGAAUAUUUCAGUGAUCGAUUGAGGGAUGUUGUGAUUCUGUUUGUGGUGAUUCGGCUUGGAGCGAGGACAAGAGGAUCAAGAUUUAUGAGGGGAUGAUGCAUUCUCUGGUAUUUUUUGGAGACUGUUGGAGUAGAUAUUUGAUUGAAAUGUAUGAUAUUAUCUACGUAUUAGACUUGAUUAUCUUGGAAAGAGUUGUAAUGUUUUCCAUUUUCAAACAAUCUUGAUUCUACUUGGACUCCUUGUUUAUUAUGUGUAAAAAAAAAAUGGAAGCAUGAUGUUUCUGAGUUGUUACA